CAACAUUGGCCCUUCCAAUGCGCAACUUGCUGCGUGUCGGCGACGCCAGUGGGAUGCAUGCGCAGCAAACACUGGCACCAUUCUACCUGCAUUUACUGUAUGGUCAAUGUCGCGCCAGUGAAAUGAAUCACCCGACCAGAGUCUGUAACACAAAUUCAUGCUACUCAAUGCGCCGGCCUUGACCAGAUCAAAUCACGCGCCAACCCAAAUAACACAACUCAUGGCAGGACGAGGAUCUGCUUCGCCAUCCCCGGCCCCAGAAGCCCCAGUCGCAGCGACACCCGGACCUCGCGCAGCAGCACUACAAAAGGUAUUUGCGGGGGCUUUGUCGUCGUCCAUCAAAGCCAAUUCAUACGCCAACUUCAGCUCAUGUUUCCCAACGCCGGCCAAGUAUUGCCCAACCGCUCUUGAAGGAGUCUGGCGGCAGCUAAACGCGCGGUUGGAGGAGGAAUGCACGCGCGACUUUGAGAAAAUCUUGGAGGAGAGACGUGUGGUCGAGGGGUUAAAUCAAUGGGAUGGCAUGAUAGAAGAAGCACGGAGAAGGAAGAACCGCGCAGUGGAGGGCGAUGUCCCGGAUCGACCACUGCACACACUUUCCGCAUAUGAACUAUACACAGCGAACCUCACCCCAUAUCUACAGCAGGCGACACAGGAGCUGGAGGGCAAGCUACAAUCAACACAGGACGACAACGCUAAGCUGAUGACAACAAUUGAGCAACAACGCGCCGAAUUGGAACAGCUGUUAAAUGGGCUGGAAAUGGCUAUCAAGGACAUCGAAGGCGCCGUCCAAGCCCUGCCUACUGCUGACCAAGGUGGUGUUGAAGGAUUGAGGAAUCAUGUGUGGGAAAUAGAACAAGAACUUUCUGCACACAGGUAGUCCAGCACGGGCUGAAAGACUGCGCUUUACCGGACGGAGACGGCGAGAUGUGUUCUAAUAUUAGCGUUGGCGUUGCGAAGGUUGGGUUACUUCGGCUGAAGGCAUGGACAUCGGAGGUCUUGAAUGUUGCAUUUUCAGGUAUCACAGACCCGGGGUGUGGUCUUGGACGUACAGUAUCUGACUCGGCGGCGUAUACCAUCUAUACCAUCUCGGCGCCAAAGUAGUGUCACCAAGGCCAGUGCAUCCUCAGAGAGGUGCUGACGGCGGGUCUGCACACAUAUGGCAGCUGUAAUGAGACACAGGCAAAAGAUAUCGAAGCCAUAAGACGUUACUUGAGUUACCACAUAAAUAUUGCUUGCACGGCCAAGUACAUGACGAUGUGCACAUUGCCUGCGCAGGAUAACCUAGGAAGGGGGGAUAGAGAUGUCCAGUAUGUACUAUGUACUGCAGGUGUAUUCGGG